AUGGCGGAAUUUGAUAUAGAGUGGUCAGAGAGUACAACAACUUUGCGAGAUAUUGCCAAUACUGUAUCGUUCCCAUGUGUUGUCAGAGUCUGUGAGGGUUAUGAAAGUGGGGACGAGAUUACCUCGUUUUCCCUGGGGGAUUUGAUCAAAAUAGACUCGUGCGAAGUCGUGAAGAAAAUACGCGGGAGAUUUGUAGAAUGGGUCCCCUCUUCCGGUGAAUAUUCUGGAAGAUAUUCAAAAAUAGUCGGAGAUGACGUCAGCAUCCCAGUGUCGUAUAAAGGUUGCGUUCGAGUUCUUCCCAAAUAUGGUGUGUACCAUGUAUACAGAACAAUGGAGGAUGUAGUAACCGACUUUCCGCGGUAUGUUGAGGUUCUGGACCAGAUUAUUGGUAUUGCAGAUAAUGGUAACGCAGUGACCAUCAAAAAAGGUGACGUUCUUGAAACAGUCGGCUGGAAGAAGCCAAAAGACAAACGUCAGACAAGUUACUUAAAGUGUAAACAUAAUGAAAAGGAGACGCUUCUUAUUGCGUCUUCGGUCAAAGGGCAUUUUCGGGUGUUGCGUGACGAUUAUGAGUAUACCAUACAGGAAGUUAUCCAACGAUUUCCCCUUCCACAAAUCGUCCAGUUCACCGAUCAAUUUUCGAAGGAACGUAUUUCCUCUGACAUUAAAGAAGCCAUCGACAAUUUGGACAACUUUGCAGGAAAGAUUUUGUUGGAUAAGGUUUAUAAGGAACAAAUUUUGUUCGGACACUAUAAAAGUCUUCAUCCCGAUCCGGCACCGAAUAAAUUUAUGAAACGUACAGCUAUUAUGAUCCCGUUAAGUAAUUCUGAACUUGAAGAAGUCACUAUUCAGUAUCCGCUCUAUAUGGAUUCCCAGGAUUACGAGUUCUUUGUUAUUAAGAAUUUCCGAGACACGCAGGCCGGACGACAGGUCAUGGACAGAGCCUUGUAUAUGGAAUUUACCAGGAAAUCACGUAUGCGAUUCGCAACAGUCGAUGAUUCGCCCGUGGAUGAAUGUCCAGACGAGCCCCCUCCCCGUCCACCUCGCGGGGGUUUGUCAAAAAUCGCCCCAGUUCGACCUUUUGUAUCAACACCAAAGAGAAGACCCGUUGAAGUAAAAUUACCUCUAUCAGGUAAAAUUAGUACUGAAUCGUUAAAUAGACAAGAGAGUUUUAAUACAUUCCAAGGUGAUCAAGGAGGAAUUUUAUCAGAUGUAGACUGGGCCUCAAGUGGGGACUCUUCUAAAUUAACAGAUGACAUGAAGUUAAAGAAAGUCUCUGAUGGACAUGGGAUGAAAGCAAAAUUUAAAGGAUUUUUUAAGAAAGCGAAAGGCCAAGAACGACAUUCCCAACAAUCAUCAGAACCCGAGGCAGACAGCGAGUCUAUCUAUGAAGUCAACGAAAACGACGACGACGAAAUCGAAACGGAUUACGAUUACCCGAAUUUAGCAAAGGUUUUUAACACGGGCCCUAAAAAGGAAAAUUAUCUUACAGCAGUUAUGACCAAAAUGAAAUCAAAAUCCUCAAAAGCACCGCAGAAGACAUUUACAGAUCUAUCAGUCCAGGAACUUGAAGUGCGUUUACGUAUGUGUAGUAUGGACAAUUUAGCUCGACUCUGUCACAAGGAAUCUUAUGAUGGGAGAAUAUUCUCCAAAUUAUCCGAUGAUGAAUUGAAAGCUAAGCCUUUUAAUUUGACAAAUAUCGACUUGUUCAAAUUGCAUGAAAUCAAGGAAGGGUGGACGCCUACAUUCAGUAAUGACAAUUAG